AUGGUGUCGUCAUUCUCCCACUCUAUUGCUUCAAGUCACCGGAAGUCGGUUUCCUCACCGGUUUAGCGACCGAGGAAAGCCAAGUGGUAAAUCCGAGAUGAGGCUCUGCGGAUGAGUGAGUUAUAAAAUGGCAAUUGCUCAAAUGUGAUCGACAGAUGAUCAAGUCAACUAGUGAUCAUGCUGAAACAGAAAACAUCAAAGCAUAGCUCAAGCCGGAAAGGGAGCUCUUCAAGCCAACCCACCCCAGGCUUCCUGUUCAUCGCCAACAAACUCGUCAUCCACAAUCCAGGACGUGACGAUUAUCUUCACCUCAUUCCACCCAGCUCGCCAAACUACUACCGCGGCGAAGUCCCAAGCAAAGUAAUGCGCUACAAGAACGGCGAAGUGUCAGAAGCAGCAGAUUGGCGAUGGUAUCGAGACGCUUCCACGCUUCCGGCAUCCGAAGGACAAUUACUGAGGGUGGACGUCCGCGGAAACUGCGUCACGGAUCAGUAUGGACAAGUAUACCCGGCUGAGGAGUAUAAAACGUUUGGGGUUGCUGCUUGCAAUCCACUGCUCCCAAUCAUGGUCACUGAAUAUGAUCCUCUGGUCACCAUAUCGAACUGGGAACUCCUACGUGUAUUUCAUCCACCAUCCAUUCCCGGGCUCUCUCAAGUGAGCACCAUCACCAGCACUAUGGGUCCCGGGCCUGGUCCUUUGCUACACGUUGCUGGCAGAAAUCCUGCGUGGAUUCCCGGUCUACUUCCUCUGACCUACAAAGCACCCCGACGUGAUGCACCACACUCAGCAGGCCUUGGAGGAGAGCUGCCGAUUGUUCUGGGGCUCAUGGCAUUGAAUGCAUCUCCAGGCAGUGUGAUGAGCAACCAUUCGAUAGACAGUGUAUUUCUUGGACACAAUCGAUUAUGGAGACAUGGAGCUUGGACAAGUCCUGAUGCUCCUAGAGGACGUAUGUUGUCCAUUCGUUUGCUGAUACAGCUAACAACCACAGAUCCCCCAACAGCUUCUGAAGAUCCAAAAGGAUUUAUUGUCAAGGUGUUUUUCGACCCAGACAACCAAUACUCUACUCGAGAAGAUCUCCACAGUUUUGAGUGGGAGAGGGCUAUUGUUCGAGAUUGACCAAAUGUUUGACAGCUUAAGCUUGAAUUGAUUUAGUCUAUUAUUCAUUCCUGUAUGAAGCCCCUGCUCUGCAGUUUGCCCCAUGUUCGUUAUCCCAUCCAUGAGCUAGGUGUAGUUGUCCGCUCGAUUAUGUAGUCGACUCAGACCGCGUCAGGAAGUCGUACAGCGAUAUCGCCAGAUUGGGUAAUGUAUCGAACCCAAGGCAACGAAGGAUAUUGCAACU